CAGCGGGGAGCCGAGGAGCCAUCCUCCGGCGGAGCCGGGACCCUCUCCCCUCCCGCAGCUGUUUUACCGACGAUGCCGGACGAAGCGACAGAAAACGCCAGCUCUACAUCUGCCCGCGUCUCGUCCUUUUUCAUCGAGGACCUGCUGGGCACAGAGGGCGGCGGAGGGACGCGGAGGGCGGCGGCGGGAGGCGGAGGUGGGCGCGGAGCUCCGCGCUGCGGCCCCCACUCCCCGCUGCGCCUCGGAGCCUCGGGCUGCCCGCUCCGCGACGCCGCCGUCGGUUGGUACCGCCGUGCUUUCUUGGGCUGCGCCAGCCCCGACACCAGCGACCGGGACUCGCCGGAGUUGCUCGAGGACACGGAGCGGGCGGGCGGCGGAGGGCGGGCGGCGUCGCGGGGCCCCGCGGGCGGGCGGCAGAGCUCCGGAGGCCGCGAGGAAGAGGAGGAACGCGGCGAGGAAGCGGGCGAAGCGGAGCAGAGAGCCGCCGGCCGCAAGAAGAAGACGCGCACGGUGUUCAGUCGCAGCCAGGUCUUCCAGCUGGAGUCCACGUUCGACGUGAAGCGCUACCUGAGCAGCUCGGAGCGGGCCGGCCUGGCAGCCUCGCUGCACCUCACCGAGACGCAGGUGAAGAUCUGGUUCCAGAACCGCCGCAACAAGUGGAAGCGGCAGCUGGCCGCCGACCUGGAGGCGGCCAACCUCUCCCACGCCGCCCAAAGGAUUGUGCGGGUCCCCAUUUUGUACCACGAGAACUCGCCGGCCAGCGCCUUGGGCUUCGGCCUGCCCCACAUGUCUCCUCCCUUGGUGGGCUUCUCCGGCGGCGUCAGCUACCCCCUGGGCACCUUCCCCGCCGCCUCCCUUCCUUUCCUCCGCUCGCAGAUGACUGGACUCGUCUGA